UAAUUGUAACAUUAACGCAGAAGCAGAGUAUCCCAAAAAAAGUUAUAGCCGAUUGCCGCAGCUGCAAAUUGGCCCCCCAAUCUGAGCCCUAAAACUCAAAAAUCUUACCGAUCACAGAUGGCUUCGAGGGUGUCUCUGAAGGCCGGGAAAGGAAAGGUCGUCAGGAAAUCCGCGGCGGCGGACGAAGAGGAGAGUUCGGUGGCGGCGGCGGGGAAGUUCGUCAAGGAGUGGAGCACCUGGGCCAUGAAGAAGGCCAAAGUCGUCACUCAUUACGGCUUCAUCCCGUUGGUUAUCAUCAUCGGCAUGAACUCGGAGCCCAAACCAUCUCUCUCUCAGCUCCUCAGCCCCGUAUGAGAACAAUUGCGAUUUGGGUAUUCUAAUGUUGGAUUUGCCCUCCCUGUUUUCCUUCUUCGCUGUUAUGUCUAUCAGCCGACUUCACGAUUAGCUACUAGUUUAUACGUUUUGUUAUUAGUUUCGGGUAUUUAUGCACCUUUUUAUUGAUGGUUAUAUGCUGUUAGUAAAUCAAAUUUAUUUUGGUUACUGAUUUCAAUCCUUGAUGCUUUAAUAAUGUUGAAUGUGGAUCAGCAUGAGAAUAAUAUCCAGAUUAUUGCUGAUUUUUCUUGAUUA